AUGGGUACGCCGGAGACAUCAAGGGAGCCCUGCCCAGAUCGCAUCCUCGACGACAUCGGCGGCGCAUUCGGCAUGGGCGCCGUCGGCGGCUCCGCCUUCCACUUCAUCAAGGGGGUUUACAAUUCCCCAGUCGGGACCCGCAUCACCGGCGGGACUCAGGCGGUCCGGAUGAACGCGCCUCGUGUCGGCGGCAGCUUCGCCGUCUGGGGCGGCCUGUUCUCGGCUUUCGAUUGCACGAUGGUAUACGUCCGCCAGAAGGAGGAUCCGUGGAACUCAAUAUUCGCAGGCGCCGCCACUGGCGGGUUCCUUGCUAUGCGCCAGGGGCUCGGAGCCUCGGCCCGCUCCGCCGCCUUCGGCGGGGUUCUGUUGGCUAUGAUCGAAGGUGCUGGGAUCAUGCUCAAUAAGGUUAUGAGUGCGCCGCAGAGCAUGCCGGUGAUGAUCGAGGAGCCGGCCCCGGCUGGUGGACCGGGUUUGCCUGCCGGGUUUCCGGGUAUGCCGCAGGAGCUACCGUCGCAGGGUCAGCAGCAGGAAUCGGGUUCGUGGCUUGGUGGGUGGUUUGGCGGAGGGAAAAAGAACGAAACUACUGGCUCGAGUAUCGGAAGCAAGGCGGAGAUUCUGGAGAGCUUUGACGCACCUCCAGUGCCAAGUUUUGAGUACAAGUGA